AGGGAAUCCCCGCAGAGCCGCAUCGCGACCAGCAGAGCAGUCCAUUGGCUUUGCUUUGACAUCACAUCAUCGAAACGCACCACCACCCCCAACACCUACCACCACUGCGAUAUUUCCCGCCACUGCACACCAUGUCCUUCGUCGCACGAAGAGCCGCCUUCCAGGCCACUCGCGCCGUUCGCCAGCCUACCCUCCGCCGCACAUACGCCGAUGCCGUGAGCAGCGCCGAGCAACCCGAGAAGAAGGAUGUCCUCCGAAAGGGCGCUCGCAAGGAUCCUGAGCUCUAUAUUCUCCUCACCAUCAUGACUGGCGCUUUUGGCCUCGCAGGCUGGCAUUUCUCCAGCAACCCAACAUCCUCGUCUUCCGAAAACAAGGUGGCUCGCGUCGAUGGUUCGGAGCCUUGGAAGACCGGAGGCGAGGCCCGCUACCAAUACCACCCAGGCGGUGACCCAAGCAAAGGAAAGAAGGAUGCUCCUAGCGCAUUGAAUGAAGUCAUCGUUCCCAGAACUCCACGAGAAGUACAACAAGUGGGGCAAGGAGGGUUAUUAGAGCGGGAAGCAUGCAGCACGUUGCGAACGGAGCUCUGCAAAAGAUGUACACAGCACGGUGUGGAUACUUGUGCAAUAGAUCGAAGCGAAUUUUCUGUCAGAGUAGGUAUCGACAGGCGCAUUUCAUAUGUUUUGAAUGAGGUGCCGAUCUCUUGGACCACCUUGACAUUUGCACUCAAGAGCCGACCGCUACGCUGAUCGCAAGCUCAAUACUAGGCUUACAAGCUC